UUGAAGCCUUUGAUAGUAAAGCACACUGAGUUGAUCCACGACAUUGCCUACGACUACUACGGCAGGUACAUUGCGACCUGUUCCUCUGAUCAACACAUACAGGUGUAUCUGUUGUCUUCCAACGAUGGUUCUGGUCAGGAUGCCAUUAUCAAUUCUGAUUCCAAGGCAAACUUGAUAGACGAUUGGAAGGCACACGACUCCUCUAUUGUCAAGAUCAAAUGGGCUGCCCCUGAGUUUGGCAACAUCAUAGCUUCUUGUUCUUUCGAUAAAUCCGUCAAAAUUUGGCAAAUCAAUUUAUCCAACGUCAAUUAUAAUAACGAUACUACAAAUAACAAUGCUAAUAACAUGCGUGCUUUAAACAAGACAAAGCUACUAAAUAAAUUUUUAGAAGCAAAUGGUCCUGUUUAUGAUAUCGAAUUUUUACCCAGCCACUUAGGUUUCAAAUUGGCUACAAUCUCCUCUGAUGGCUUUAUAAGAUUUUAUGAAUUGGUCGAUUUAAGUGAUUUCACUUCAUGGCAAUCCCUCAGAGAAUUCGAUUUCAGAUCUUAUUUACCUUCAAAUCACCUCUCCAAUGCUACUCCUCAAGCAUACAAUUUAUCAUGGUGUCCAUCAAAAUUCUCCAAAGAGAGAUUUAUUGCAACUUUUUUAAAUCAAGCCUACAUUUUCCAAAAACACAAACAAUAUGAAAUUGUCAAAUCUUUAAAUAAAUUUCAUACCGGUUUAAUUAGAGAUGUAUCUUGGGCUCCAACAAUGGGAAGAUCAUAUCACUUAAUCGCAACGGCCUGUGAUGAUGGUCAAGUUCGUGUUUUCAAAUUAUACGAAACCUUUUCAAGCAUAUUUUAUGGUGAUAAUGGCCCAUCUUUAUUUAAUUCCAUACCUGAUUCAAAUAAUAACAAUAACGACAAUAAUAAUCUUAUUACUUCCAAUAAUCCUAGUAUCUCAAAUAAUUCUAGCACUUCUAAUACUACCUCCGAUGCUCAUCAAAUAAAGGAUGACCCUUCUUUAGCUUUGAAAUUAAUAUCAACAAGAGGCCAACAUCAUUCAAUUGUUUGGUCUGUUAGUUGGAAUGUAACCGGUACAAUGUUAAGUAGCACUGGUGAUGAUGGUAAAAUUAUGUUUUGGAAAAUGGCUAGAAAUAAUGAAUUUAUAUGCAUCAGCUGUGUCACUGCAGAAAGA